GGGCCUGUUGCACAAAAGUAGAAUUAAGACAUCCGGGAUAAAUGACUCAGCUGAGCUCAAUGAAGCCAAAACAUGUGCGUCCAGGCUUAAUUGGUUGCACAAAGACCAAGCCAGGAUGAGCAGACACGGAUUCAUUAAACCAGGUGAAACCAAUCCUGGAUAGGUGCGCGCUCACGGCUCACUCAAAUAGACCCCGCCACAGAUCACAGAUUAACUGAUUUACCAUGGCAACUAGAGCCGCGUACUUUUCCCCGUCGGAAGCACAAAUCCUCAUGGAGGCAUACGAGGAGGUAAAAGAUAUAAUUAAGAAGAAAGGCAACACCGCCACAGUGAUAAAGCGAAGAGAAAAAGCGUGGCAAAGUAUUGCAGACCGCCUGAAUGCAUUAAACAUGAACGGGCCAAAACGGACAUGGCAGCAGGUCAAAAUCAAAUACAAGAACAUUCUGCAGAAUGCAGUGAAAAAGAAUACCCACAGACAAGGCACGGGUUGUGGGUCACCAAAGGCUGACCUUACCCCAGCAGAGGACAUGGCCUUGGAGCUAAAUAAAGGCAGGCCCGUCUUAGAGGGGAUCCCUGGGGGGAAAGAGACGAGCAUAGGUUCCUCCCAAGAUGCCACCCGCUUCAUUCAAGUGCCUGGCAGCACUGUGUUCCUGUUAGAGCCACCAGCACAAGCACCAGACGAUGCUGAUCCAGGUGAAGGCCCCAGUGCAGCAGCAACAGCACAUGAUGGAGACGAUGAUGAUGAGGAGGAGACCAUCUCUCUGGAUUCCAGAAGGCAUGAGGACCCAGAUGCUAUACAGUGGGAAAACCAGCCUGGCAACAUAAGCUCACAAGCUAUCAGAAAGUUGUAUGGCAACCACCUCCGGCGCCAAAUAGAACUGGCAGACAUAGACAUUCAGUACAAGAAGAAAAAGAUGGAAAAUCUUGCACUGGAGUCCGAAAUAAAAAAGAGGACAAUUAGGAAACUGGACCUUGAAAUAAAAAAACUUGAGAGGGAGCUCCAAGAAGAUGACACAGCUCAAAAUAAAAAUUAGGUAUAUUCUCGUAAAGUCAAGUGAGCCAUGACAUAUGAGCUCUUAUUGUGAGCACACAGGACGGUGGCAUCUUUCUAAGGUUUUUUUUUAUUUUCCCAGCAAUCAGUACAACCAAGUCAUCGUUAUAAGGCAUCGCCCUCUUUUGCCCACCCCCAGCACCAGGUGUGGCCACUAGCCUAUAUGAAGGCCCAAAAUUGUGUGUUCCUUUCUGCUCUGACAAUGGCAUGCCCAUUCGUGCGAGAUGUGGUGGAUGAAGAAGCACUUGUGCUGAGGAGAGCCUUCAGGCGAGAAAGGGUCUUCAGGGACCGGUUGGACCCACUGGCCUUCCCUGAUGACCAUCUAUAUGAAAGAUACAGGUUUUCUGCAGAUGGCAUCAGGUAUCUAUGCAGACUACUGGGUCCCAGGAUUAAGCACCGCACUGCACGGAGCCAUGCACUGAGUGUGGAGCAAAUGGUUUGUGUGGCCUUGCGCUUUUUUGCUAGUGGAGCCUUCCUGUACUCAGUGGGGGAUGCAGAACAGCUGAACAAGGCCACAAUUUGCCGCACAAUAAGGAGUGUGUGUCUGGCUAUCAAAGCAUUAGCAGAUGUCUUCAUCUCCUUCCCUGGCCACAGAAGACUCUGUGACAUCAAAGAGGAGUUCUAUAGGAUUGCAGGUAAGAGGAUCUACAAAUUACA